AGCUGGGCUCGAGCCUCGAGGAGCUCAGGUCCUCGUUCUCGGCGGCAGGUACCACGGCCAUGGCGGACGCCGAAGACCCGCGCGAGGCACCGUCCGGCCCGAGCGGGGAUGCUUCCUCUGCAGUGGCCGACGCACCUCGCCUGCUCGACGCGCUCGAGAGCCUUCGGCUCGACGUGGAGGCCGUCUUCGACAGGCACAGGGGCCUCUGGCCGAAGGCCCCCGGGCCGCCCGAGCGCCCCAGGCCUCCCGUCCUGGGGCCCGCCGAUAGGGGGCAGGACCUCCCGUCCCACCCCGUGGGCCUGCAGCUGCCGCCCAGGACCUCGGAGCGCCGCGUGUUUCCCGUCGUCCCGACCGAGCAGAGGUUGAGCGUGGCCUCGAGGAUCAGCCUCGAGACCGUGGACAGCAUGCCGCCCUCGCUGAGGGGCCUAAGGAGGGAGCGGGAGUCCAUCCACACGGAGGGUUCCGUUCGGAACUGGAUGCGCGGCCUGGUGGAGGAGACGCAGGCGCGCUCGCAGCCUUUGACUGAAAUUCACCGGAGGAUGUCAGUGAUGUCAGCGAAACUCAACCAGAAUUUCCGUCCCGCAAGGUCAGGGUCGGCCGACUUCAUACCACGGCUGGUGAAGCGCACCGAGUUCGACAUUGCCCGUAUCAUAUUGAUGAUUCUGGAUGUCGUGCUUGUGGCAUGGGAUAUGCAGGACGCAGCGAACCGUGCAACAUCUAGCUUGCACAGCAGCGCGGGCAUCGACGACACCGUGCUCUUCACGGUGCUCCAGGACCUGUCCUGCGUGCUCUUCGUCCUUGAUCUCUGCUUCAGGUUCGCGGCUGGCCAGCUCAACCCGAUCAACUCUGACGGAAGGGGGUGGCAGAGGUUCCAGGUCGUGGUCGUUGUGGCACAGCUGCUGCAGGCCAUCGGCCAGCACUCGCAUCGGCACCAGAGGUCCUCUUCGCGCUUCCGGACCUCGCUCGCCAUGCUCUCCACGCUGCGCCUCGCCAGGGUCCUGUCGCUCGUGCUGGUGACCGACGUGAUCCGCCGGCACCGCUUCUUCCGGGAGCUGCGGAUCAUGGUCCUGUCGCUCACGGGGGCGGUCAAGGCGAUGGUGUGGUCCAGCCUGCUGGUCCUCAUGAUCCUGCUCAUCUUCGGCACCGUGCUGUCCGAGGGAGCGCUGGCCUUCGUGGCGCAGAACGGGCCACCCGCGGCCGAUGCGCCAGACGGGUCGGCUGCGCUCCUCGCGCGCUUCGGCUCGCUGUUCGACGCCGUGCUGACGCUCUUCCAGGUGAUCACCGGCGGCGUCGAUUGGGAGGUGGUCUGGAAGAACCUGGACCCGCUCGGCUGGGGCUUCCAGGGCCUGCUCCUGCUGUACAUCGGCUUCUCGCUCAUUGCUCUGCUGAACGUUCUCACGGCGGUGAUGAUCGAGAGCACGCUGCUGCGGUGCAAGUCUGACCGCGGCUUGGCGGUGCAGAGCGCGAUUAUGGAGAAGAGGGACUACAUCGCCGCCAUGAAGAAGGUGUUCCGGGAGCUCGAUGACGAGGGAAACGGUGAAAUCUCACAGGGGCAGAUGCAGAGGCGCAUGCAGCAGCCCGAGGUCGGUGCAUACUUCAGCCAGUUGGGCGUUGACUCCGACCAGGUGGGCAAGCUGUUCUUCCUUCUCGACAGCAACAAGAACGGGACCGUUGAUUUGGAGGAGUUCAUGCUCGGGUGCUUGAAGCUUCGAGGCGAUGCUACGAGAUUGGACGUCGCCGUGCUGUAUCGUGAGGUCCAGUGGAUGCACGAGGCGCUGGAAAUCUUAGGUAAGCAGCUAAGCAGCUGCUCUCCGAAAGGUGCGAGAAAAACAGCAACAUUUGUCGCUGACGUUGCUGGUGGUCGUGGCAGCAUCUUGCCUGGCGCAGCUAGCGAUUGGGAUAGUGAGUUUGUGAGGUAGAAGCACGCGCUGUUGGCUAAAGUGGUCAAGACCGUUGAGUCGCCCAUGCAGUCGAGGUGGGCACCAUACACACGCAUAUACUUUUGUACAUGUAUAUACAUACAGUUCGUGAUACUCACCUGAGCAUGUAGCUGCUUUCCUUGACGUCUAUGUCUACUAGAGGUCCAUGCGUUCACGUGACGUGCUGUACACUGUCACGCCGCUCUUGCAAGCUGGGAUGUCGUCUCAAUCGGCCGCGUGGGUGUCCGAGAAGGCUUCUUUCCAUCGAAUGCACGUCUAAUGUUGUCGUCGAUCUGCUUUUCUUCCUCCUCCUCCGCUUCCUUCUCUUCCUCCAUUGCUUCCCUCCCCUCCUCUUCUUUUCUACCCUUUUGGCGCCGUCUGGUAGUUUGCUUGACCUGUUCCCGGCGCGUGGGUAGUUUGUUGAUCGUGUUCCCGGCGCGUGAAAAUUGUAUCUCUGCUCGCGCCAAAUGUAAAUGCCUUUUAUUUUCCCCACGCGUCCUACUGGAAGCAUGGCGUACCUGCACCUGACUUGCUCAUUGCCUUUAUUCUGAUGCUUAUAAGCACGCAGAGUCGUAUGCGGUGCUUCUUUCCGGCGGAGUCACUCAGGAUAGUCGCCGGCCGGAUUUCUCGGAGUCAGUGGCUGCGACCUCAUGAGAGCCCGCCCUUUUUUUGGAACUGCCCCGCCUUGCCUGGGAGUGGGCGCGCUGGAAGGCACGCGAAGCCGCGCCGGAGGCACUGACGGUCGCGCGGGGAAAAAUGACGUGUGACCGAGCUGGACCUCAGGCGCGGGUCAACGGGCGCCUGGGGGCGACCGCCGGCUCUUUCCUGUUUUCCGGUGCGGCUUCCUGGGCUGGCCGUUUUGAGCCGCUUGUUGCAGGCCGUGGCCGCGCCUUCGGAGGCGCUGCCUCUCGGAAGAGCCGCUGCAUCAUUCUCUGCCGACUGCCGCUCGAGCGAGCGGGCUGGAAAACGAA